AGCCACGCCCACGCCACGCCUCUUACCACACCCCUUUAAGCCCCGCCCACACCACUGCCAGCAAUAGGAGGGCGCUUUAGGGCAGUUCUAUGUUUAAGCCACGCCCAUGCCACGCCCUUUUAGGCACCGCCCAUCGCCCCCUACCCCCGGCGGCCGCCCCGGCGCCGCGUCCCGAGCGAUGGCGGCGAACCGGGUGGGGCGGCGGCAGGGCCGGGGGGGCCGCCCCGGGGCUCUCGCCGGGCAGGGGGGCUCCGGGGGGGCUCUCGCCGGGCCGGGAGGGGUCCCCGGGGGGGCUCUCGCCGGUCCGGGGGUCCCCGGGCCGCAGCCCGGAGUGCAGCGGCGAGCGGCGCGGGGUCACGGUCAAGUACAACCGGCAGGAGCUGCAGCGGCGGCUGGACACCGAGCAGUGGAUCGACGGCAGGCUCGGGGAGCUCUACCGGGGACGGGAGCAGGAGAUGCCCGACGAGGUGAACAUCGAUGAGCUCCUGGAGCUGGAGACGGACGAGGAGAGAGCCCGGAAGCUGCAGGGCAUUCUGAGCUCCUGCACGGCUGACACCCAGGAGUUCGUGGCGCAGCUGCUGGCGCUGCUCAAGGGGCUCCCGAAGCAGCGGCUGCUGCAGAGACCCCUCCCCAAAAACGAGGAGCCCCCGUGACCCCCCCCCCUCCCCAGGGAUAAAAGGGGGGGAGGGGACCCCAAAAAAUGAGGAGGGGACCCCAAAAAUGGGGAGGGGACCCCCCCAGAAAAUAAAAGGAAUAAAAUUUGGGAUGCGAGAGGGGAGAGUGGGGGAGGGGAAGCCCCAAAAAUGGGGGAGGGGGGGAUGAAAAAUGGGGGAGGGGACCCCCCAAAAUGGGGAGGGGACCCCAAAAAUGGGGAGGGGACCCCAAAAAUGAGGAGGGGACCCCAAAAAUGGGGAGGGGACCCCCCCAGAAAAUAAAAGGAAUAAAAUUUGGGA